GGGUCAAGUUGUAUUUAACACUACAAUUUGGCUGUAUUGGAAGGUUUCACUCAUGGAGAGCACUACUGGGAGAUUGAAUUUUCAGAGCCUCCAUACGGAACCUCAGUCAUGGUGGGCUUAGGGACAAAUAAGGCUUUACUGCACACUGGGGAUUUCCAGUUCAUCAACCUGCUCGGGAUGGAUAGAGAGAGCUGGGGCCUGUCAUACAAAGGCUCUCUCUGGCAUGGUGGGAAAAGCAGAAAGUACACAGAGCCCUUUUACGACAAGAUGACCGUCAUUGGAGUGCUGCUGAACCUGCAUGCAGGGACACUGAGGUUCUACAAAAAUGGCAUCAGCCUAGGACUGGCUUUCUCUGGUCUGGAUAAGGUGGGUGUCCCCCUGUAUCCUUUGGUAAGCUCCACCGCCCCGGAGACAGAGGUGCUGCUGGGACUGCGUACAUCUCGCCUUGCCUCGCUGCGGGAACAUUGCCUCCACACCAUUGCCAACAGCCUGGAUCCUUGCAUCCCCCUCAAUGCCAUCCCCUUGCCCACCACCCUGCGGGACCAACUGAAGACUCACUUUAUGCACAACCAAAACUGCUGUGAAUGCAGCUAGUGCCAUAAUCAGUAUCUGCCUAGGCAAACUGAUAAUGGGGCAGCAGUACAACAUUGUGAAAUCGAAUUUGCAUCCAACGGGCUACUGGUUUGUACCUCAAUGAGGAAUGUUGUACCUUUCAGCAAGGCAGAAUGUAAGCUGGGUAUGUGGUCCUGGAUAUAGGCUAGCCUAACUUGCUGCUACAAAAUAACAAACCAUUCCAACCAGCCCUUACUGUGACAUGCAUGAUGGAAUCUGUCAUAGCAUUCCAUAUG